AAUAUAAGAAUCAUUAGAAUCUCAACUGCACUCUGCAGUCUGCAGUGUCUGGUGUCUUAACUCUUAUUUCAGUUAUUUCUUAAGUGUCUUGUCGAUUGUCCAUUUCCAGAGUGUCGUUUGCCGACGAAAGCAUUAUUUUCGAUUGGUAAUUGACGAUUUUUUUGAUCGGCAUAUCAAAACGUUAAACAGACUCAAUCAUUAAGUGCCGGUCAAUUUUUAUUCAAAGUUAACGCUUCGACGUUUUUCUCGCUACGUAUUUUAAACUUGGAAAAAAUAGAGUACUAUUCUAGAACCAAAUAUGGCUAUUUCCACGGGCAUGUCAUUUCUUAUAUCAACAUUAUUAGCUUUAUCGUUAUUCUCGGUAAUGCAGCUCAACAGCAAAUGGUUGACGUCUAGUUCAGUGUUGGUCAUAAGUACCGGUUUUCUGGGCUCAGUGUUGUUUACGCUGUCUUUGACUGCUGUAAGUAAUCUAAUGACGCUACUUUUGGGAGAAGGAUAUCAAGCCAGUUUAUUUCCUGAAAUUUUAUUGUCAUUGAUGUUCACUUUUUUCACAUGUGUCUCCAUCCACAGAGUAUGCGCUACAACUGGUUUGCUGUUUUCUUUAUUUGCUCUUUACAAUAUUUACAAUAUUUCUCAAAAGACAUACAAUUCCAGUUCAUUGCUCAAACAGCCUAUUGUUCAAAAUAAAAAGAAGAAACAUUAAAUGCCAAAAUAAAAGCCAGUGUAUACUAUGUUCAAUAUUUAUUAUGUUUUAAGUUUUUGAUUUUUACAUUUAUUAUUUAUUUUUCAUUGUCACUCCCUUAAUUAAAAAAAUAAUUUAAAUUAUUGUAUUAAAAGCAAGUUUUGAUUACUUAUAACU